AACCCCAGUAAAGCGGAGAAGCAGAAGCUCCGCUCUGGUCAGCAGUCCACGCCUCCGCGCUGCUACGGUGUUGUUGGAGGAGACGAACACGAGCUGGUCUUAUUGAGAAAUGGGUGACUUCCUGUUGCAAGCCCUCGCCUGCUCCUGAUGUCCACUUUCCUACAGUUCAGUCUGAUCUCCACAAACGUGUCGGGAGAUGCCAGGAAUCCUUCAGACUGCUGAAAUCAGGAGAGAUACAGCAUGAGAUUAUGGCAUCCAGAAGAAGCUCCAGUACUCAGCAUUUGUCCUCUGGUACUCUCCACACUCCCAAACAAACACAGAGCUAUAAAGUCAGGGAGAAAACACACCGCUGCUCAGAGUGUGGGAAGAGUUUCAGAGACAGAGGUAACCUCGAAGCACACCAGCGCAUUCACACAGGAGAGAGACCGUAUCACUGCUCAGAGUGCGGGAAGAGCUUCACCAUACAGAGUAGCCUCCAGCUACACCAGCGCAUCCACACAGGGGAGAAACCGUAUCACUGCUCAGACUGCGGAAUGAGUUUUAAAGACAGUGGUACCCUCAAAACACAUCUGCGCAUUCACACAGGAGAGAAACCAUAUUACUGCUCAGAGUGUGGACAGAGUUUCACUGUGCAAAGCAGUCUGCAAAGACACCAGCGCAUCCACACUGGACUGAAACCGUAUCACUGCUCUGACUGUGGAAAGAACUUUAGAGACAGAGGGAAUCUCAAAACACACCAGUACGUCCACACAGGAGAGAAGCCGUUUUGCUGCUCGGACUGCGGGAAGAGCUUUACUGUGCAGUGUGGGCUCCAGAGACACCAGCGCAUCCACACUGGAGAGAAACCGUACUACUGCUCUGACUGUGAGAAGAGCUUCCGGCACUCCAAUACUUUAAAAGCACACAAGUGCGCGAGGAGAGAGGAGGAAAGUCCUGUCCAGGUGGGGGCGCUAAUUCCAGAACCGAGCUUUUCCAGCUCUGCUAAACAGAAGAAGCAGAGGAUCCGCUCUGUGGCCAUUGUAGAACUGGUUGGAGAGAAAACCAGUAUAUGUUGUGUUCUGGAUGCUGCUCAACCAACCUUACCAUACUGGGUGGCCAUGGUGAACAAAUGCCGUCCAAAAGAAGCUCCGCUACUCAGCAAAUCCUCUGAUGCUCUCCGCACUAAUAUGGCUUACAGACAAAUGCAAAAAAAUACAGGCAAGGAGAGAACGCACCGUUGCCUGGAGUGUGGGAAGAGUUUUAUUCAACAGGUUCAUCUGAAAGAUCACCAGCGCGUUCACACAGGAGAGAAACCGUAUUGCUGCUCGGAGUGCGGGAAGAGUUUUACUCGACAGAGUAGUCUCAAAAUACAUCAGCGCAUCCACACAGGAGAGAAACCGCAUAGUUGUUCCGAGUGUGGGAAGACUUUCAGAGACAGCAGUACCCUCAGAAUACACGAACGCAUCCACACAGGAGAGAAACCGUAUCACUGCUCGGACUGCGGGAAGAGCUUCACUGUUCAGAGUGGUCUCCAGCUACACCAGCGUGUCCACACAGGAGAGACGCCGUAUAACUGCUCGUUCUGUGGAAGGAGCUUUAAAAACAGAAGUAAUCUUCAGGAACACCAGCAUGUUCACACAGGAGAGAAACCCUAUUACUGCUCAGACUGCGGGAAGAGCUUCACCCAACAGAGAAGUCUGCAAAGACACCAGCGCAUUCACACGGGAGAGAAACCGUAUUGCUGCUCAUACUGUGGAAAGAACUUCAGUGAACGAGGUAACCUCAGCAGACACCAGCGCAUUCACACUGGAGAGAAACCCUUUCCCUGCACGGAGUGCGGAACAAGGUUUGGUGACAGAGGCACUCUCAAAACGCAUGAGCGCACUCACACAGGAGUGAAACCGUAUCACUGCUCCGAGUGUGGGAAGAGUUUCACUCAGCCAGGUCAUCUCCAAAGACACCACCGCGUUCACACGAAAGACAGGCCGUACUACUGCUCAGACUGCAGGAAGAGUUUUGGGUAUUCUGAUACGUUAAGGACACACAAGUGCAUUAAAAGGGAGGAGGAAAUGCUUGGCACUUGUCAGAUCUGAAAACUCAAUCAUAUUUUUUUUUUUUUAACAUAAUGUGAUCUGGGUACUCCGGUUUCCUCCCACAGUCCAAAGACAUGCAAUCAGGUGAAUUGGACACGGUAAAUUGAGCGUAUGUGUGAAUGUAUAUGUCUGUCUUUCUGCCCUGCGAUGGACUGGUGACCUGUCAGGGGUGUUUCUUGCCUUCUGCAGGACAAUCACUGGGAUAGGCUCCAGCACCCCCUGUGACCCAGAAGGAAAGCACUUGUUCUUGUAAUUUGUAUGCCUGUAUGAUUGGAAUAAUGCAUAUUGCACUGUCAGAAAAACCUUGUAUCUCCACAAAAAGUGGAAAACUUGAUUAAGGAAAAAAACGUUUUUGUUUUGAAACUUUAUUGCCGUUAACACAUUAACAAGCAAUUAAUACUAUAUUACGAAAUCACGUCGAGGCUGGGCUUCACUUGACACAUAUACAUAUGUACAUAGAGUAACAUCCUACAUGGAUGGAGGCUACCCACAUCUACCUAUGAUUAAAAAAACUAAAACACUGGAGGAUGGAUGGAUAAAUAAAUAAAAAAUAACAUGCGAUUCCUAACUGAGGUAAAAAACUUGACAGAGGGUGAACGGCAGCUGGCGUUUUCAUAUUAUGUAAAAAAAUUAUAUAAGUUUUUUUUCUGGCAGUAGUGAAAUACUGUUCAAGAGUGAUUAUAUCAAUAAUGCUUGCAUGUUACAUUCUAUACUUACAAUUCGUGAUUUAAGCAUGUAAUAGAAAGAGUGUCCUUGGUGCGAGACAUUAUUUCUGUAACUUCAAGAUUUGCUCCUUUUGGUCAGUGAGUGCAGGACACCUGUCAACUGCUAGGUGAUAUUAGUCCAGAAAUGUGAGAUUUAUUUUCUUCACACAAACAGGGUGACCUUGAGGCCUCACCAGACAUCUCAAGGCAUGACUGUAAGAGACAUUAGCACCGUAUUAUGGAUCAUACAUGAUAUAAAAUUACAUUUUCAGAGUCGGCUGAGUGAUCUGUUCACAGGUACUGUUUUCUUUGGAGGAACUAUCAGUUGUUUUAAUCAUCAUAAAAAUGUUCCUGCCAGAAGAAUUCUACAGUCUAACAAUGUAAGUCUGGUAUUGAUUCAUUUUUGUGUACCAAAGAAUUUUGCUGUAUAUUGAAUGUUAUAAAUUUACUGGUUAA